AUGCUCGCCGUCGCCACUCCUCCCCACCCUCCUGCUCUCGCGGCACCAUCGCCGUCAAACCUCGACCCCGCCACGCCCACACCCACCCACAUCGCUUUCGUCACCUGGCCCGCCGUCGGCCAUGUCACCCCCAUGAUGGACUUUGCGCUGGCGCUCCUCGACGCCCAGCCCCACACCAUCCUGUCCUUCCUCACAUCGCCCGACAUGGUGGCAUUCCUCGACCGCGCGGGGCACACGCGGUCAGAGUUUGGCAGCCGCCUCCGCAUCAUUCCCACUGGCAGCGAGGCGCUGGGCGACAACCCGCUCGACGACGAGCCGAUGAAGCUCACCGAGGCGGCCAAGGGCGUGGACAAGAACACGAGCUUGCUCAAGACCAUGCGGGCCGCGACGCAGAUUGCCGUGCACUUCCGCGAGGUCUUUCCGCUGCUGCUCGCCGACAAGCCUGUCGCCGACGUACCGUCCGCCGGCGCCCCCGUCACGAGCGUCGUCUGCAACUGGAUGACGUUUGGGAUCGACCAGUUGGUCAAGGCCAUCGCGCCGUCGACAAAGCUGUUCUCCUUUUUUGACCACAGCUGCUUUUUCAGCACGCGUAUUUUGGGGCCUCGUGCUGAUGGCGGUCUAGGAGGCGUUGCUGGGCUUUGGGCUGAGUACUGCACCGCGACGGGACACGUCCCCGACGACAAGGCCGAGCUCGAGCGCCAGUUUGGCAGACGAUUCGGCGACGACGUCUACUACAUCCCCGGCAGCGACAUUGUCCCCAUCAAGGACUGCGAGAUGUCGCCCCAGGCCCCGGCGUACCUGCUCGACAUUCCAAUCACACCGUCCCUGCUCAACAUCCAGGGUUUGGUUGAGCGCAGCGACGCCAUGCUCAUCAACACGUACGGUUGUGUCGAGCGCCACACGCUGGACUUUCUCGAGCCGUCGAUCAAGACGCCGAUUGUGCCCAUCGGGCCGGUCAUGCUCGGGCGUGUGGGGGCGAAAGAGGGAGGCUCGGCUGUCACGUCGUUCCUCGACGCCCAGCCUGCCGCGUCAACGCUGUACGUGUCGUUUGGCACGCUGUUCCGCCCCAACCCCGAGCAGCUGGCCGACAUGAUCGAGACGCUGCUCGAAGAGUACGACAUUCCAUUCGUCUGGACGCUCGGCGGCCAAAAGUCGCUCACGGCCGAGCUGCACAGCAUCGACGUGGGGCGUGUCGAGGCGAUCAACCGCAAGCUUGACGCGGCCGUGGCGGCGGGCAAGGCGCACAUCUGCAACUGGGUAGACCAGCACGCCGUGCUCAACCACCCCAACGUCGGGUUCUUCCUCUCGCACGGCGGGUGGAACAGCGCAACCGAGACCCUGCUCGCCGGCAAGCCCAUGAUCCUGUUCCCGUUCUUUGGCGACCAGCUGUUCACUGCCAGGGUGCUCGAGGCUCGCGGUGUUGCGACCGUGAUCAACAGCUCGAUUGACCAGCCGAUCGUCGACUUUCACGCCAGUGUCACCGCGGCAUUGUCCCUGUGUAAAAGUGACGGUGCGGACAGGCUUCGACAGCGUGCGCGUCAGCUUCAACUCGAGGUGCUUGCCGAGAGGAGUGCGGCUGCAAAGGAGGGUGUUUGGGGGCGUAUUGCAGAGAUUCUUGAAUAG